AUGUUUAUUGUAGGUGGUUUAUAUAAAUGUAUCGAGGAAGCUGUGAGAAUAGGCGCUAGAUCUUGUGGGUUAUUUCUCAAAUCACAAAGACAGUGGGCCAGCAAACCUUUAACAGAAGAUACCAUUCAAAUGUUUAAAGAUACUAUUCAGAAACAUAACUUUCCUGUGGACAAACUUUUACCGCAUGGAUCUUAUCUAAUUAAUUGUGGUUCACCUGAUGAUCAAACUUUACAAAAAAGUCGUACAGCUCUGAUAGAUGAGUUACAACGAUGUGAGCUGUUAGGAAUACCACUCUAUAACUUUCACCCAGGAUCGUCUUGUGGUAAAAUUAGUCGAGAGGAAUGCAUGGAUAAAAUCAGCGAAUCUAUCAAUUUAGCUCAUUCUCAAACUAAUAAUGUUAUAACAGUAAUCGAGAAUAUGAGUUGCCAAGGUAACACUAUUGGAGGUAAACUAGAAGAAUUAAAAUGUAUUAUUGAUAGAGUUAAAGAUAAAUCACGAAUUGGAGUCUGUAUUGAUACAUGUCAUGCUUUUGCUGCUGGUUAUGAUGUAUCAACAGAAUCUGGCUUCAACUUAUUUAUGCAGCAAUUAGAUGACAUUGUUGGUUUACAGUAUCUAAAAGCAGUACAUCUCAAUGAUUCUAAAGGAAAGUUAGGAUGUCACCUUGAUCGGCAUGAAAAUAUUGGUAAAGGCCACAUUGGUAUAGAAGGAUUUAAAUUAGUGAUGAGAGAACCCAACUUUGAUAAUCUUCCAAUGAUAUUAGAAACGCCGAUGGAAUUAAGUGACGAGGAAGAGAUUAAGAUUUUGAAUUCAAUGUAAAGAUGCUCUAUAAAUACAUGUUUUAAUAUUU